CCGAGGGCGAUCGAGAUGGUGCGAGGUACGAUGUUAUUUCUGUCAUUCAUUGCAAUAUGUUCGCUCACAUUGCACACGACGUGUCAUGCCCGAGAUUUGGCCAGUGCGAAAUCGCGCAUCAGUCGACGCAAUGUACAAGAGACCGAUGACCAUCAUGUAGGUCAUUUAGAGCCCGCUGCAGAAUCGUCCUCGAUUGCAAAAAUAGGCGAAACCGAUCUCGAGACAGCAGCGACUAAACAUGAUGGUCAUCAUCACGAGUCCGGAGGUGGUCACAAACAUGAAUCUCAUCAUCACGAGGAUCACGGUGGAAAAAGUGAAAAGGGAUACAAGAGUAAUCAUCAUCAUGACAAAGGUGACAGUGGUAAGCACGAUGAGGAGCAUCACUCUGGUCAUCACGAGGAACACGGAGGCAAGAAGAAGGGCCAUCAUGAUGAGCACGAAAAAUACGGCGAGCAUCACGAAGACGAGAAGGGUCAUAAAGGUGGAAAGUUUGGUGAAAAGAAGGGCCAUAAGAAGGGUCAUAAAACUAAAGGUUAUCACAACAAAUUUCAUAAGGACGAGUACCAUAAAGAACAUAAGUUUUACGAUGAUUAUCAUAAGGGUGGACACCAUGAGAAACAUGGUGAUUUCAACGGUCAUCAUGAGAAAAAGGAAGGCCACCAUAAGAAGGGCGGUCAUCAUCAUUCCGGUUAUCACGAAGAUCACCAUGGCAAGAAGGGCCACCAUGAUAAAGGUCAUCACGACGAGGAACAUAAAGGUCAUCAUGGCAAACACGGCCAUGAGGAGCACCAUUCCCAUCACGAUGGGUAUGGCAAGAAAGGCGAUCAUCAUUCCGGAAAGAAGUACGGCUACAAGAAGGGGCAUUAGAGUUGUACGUUCAAAUACGUAUCAAAAAGCGAUUACUCGUUCUACUGUUACGGCUUAUGUACCUGCUCCGGACCAAGUCACGCGACGAAGUCGCGCGAUUGUUGUAUUUUGUACCAUUCUUUAUAUAGAAUAAACGUGCGAAUACUAAC